CCAAAUUCACUCGCAAACAACAAAAACGUACUACGCUCCUCCCAUGACACCGCAAUGCUGCGACACACUGGCAUCUUAAAAGAAAAAAACAGUACACCGGCAGCAACGAUGGCAACUGCCGUAAAUAUUCUCAACCACGACCCCCAUUAAAGCCACUCCAUGAAACAAACCUUAUCCACACCCCUCUCCCCCCUCCCCCCUCCGGCCGCUAUAAAAUCCGCCGCUCCACUCCACCAGUUGGAGUAGAAGAAGAACAAAACGCCAUCGCGGCUCACAUACACUUUCACGCACGGCAGCAUACGAAACACGCACACACACAUUGCCUCCUGUGCACCUCCGCCGGAUCACGAGCCAACGAUGGCCGGCCGGAGCAGCAGCCGUUCCAUGGUCUCCGCGCACCGACUCUUCGCGCCGGCGCCGGCGCGCCCCCUGCAGCACGCGCCUGACCCGGCCCUGGAGCUCGACGAGGCCGACAUCAUCUGGGGCGGCGCCGCGCCGGCCUCGUCCCCGCCGGCCGACGCGUACGGGCGGGCCCUGUCCGCGUCCACGAUCUCCAGGGCCUCUAAGCCCCGCGCCGCCGCGCCGCGAGAUGCCGCCGGUGGCGGCGUCGGCGGGCCGGCGUCGCUGCCUGUCAACAUCCCCGACUGGUCCAAGAUCCUGGGGGCGGAGUACGGCGGGGGGAGCGCCGGCGCGGGGCGGUGGCCGUCGGACGAUCGCGGGGACGCGUACCUGGACCGCGGCGACCGGCAGUGGGUGCCGCCGCACGAGCAGCUCAUGUACCGGGAGCGCGCCGCGGCGUCUUUCUCCGUGCGCGAGGGCGCAGGGCGCACGCUCAAGGGCCGCGACCUCCGCCGCGUCCGCAACGCCAUCUGGGAGAAGACCGGCUUCCAGGACUGAUCCUGAUCCCGGCCCUCCUCGCCGUCCCCUUACGAUUAAUUUGAUGGGUUUUUCUUCUUGUUUUUUUGUUUCUAGUCUUUGAUCGGUGAUGAGAGUGAGAUGCAGAGGAGGGUAGUAGAGAUUGGUUAAGCCUCUGGUUUUGGCAGUUUUCCCCGGAGAGGCUGGCUGGCUCCAUGUACUACCACUAGAACAACCAGCGAAUCGAUUGCUCGUUUAACAAAGAUGAUGAGUACGAGUUGUACUAGCAA